GAGUGCCAUAUUGUCAUCCGGAAUAUGGCUUUUCUAUCUCAUAAAAUAGUACCUAUCUUUCCCCUCCCGAUCAUAAGAUAAAACGACUAGGGCCACAGAAUUCCUUUCUUGGUCGCCUAUCCAUCGGUGGCAGUCUGCUGCUCAUGGCCGCAAAUCAAGAAGCAGAACCGUCAUGGCAGGAACUGCUUGGUUGCAAAAACUGGGACUCGCUUCUGGAUCCUCUUCACCUCUCACUUCGCAAACUCAUCCUCCGCUGCGGUGACUUCUGCCAGGCCACAUAUGACGCCUUCAACAACGACCAAAAUUCCAAGUUCUGCGGUUCAAGCCGCUAUGGCAAGUCCUCUUUCUUCGACAAAGUAAUGCUGGAAUCUGCCUCCGAUUACAAAGUAGAAUCGUUUCUCUAUGCCACUGCUCACGUCACUCUCCCUCAAGCCUUUUUGCUCCACUCCAGGUCAAGGGAGUCCUGGGACCGCGAAACAAACUGGAUUGGCUACAUCGCCACGACGUCCGAUGAAACAUCGAAAGCUCUGGGUCGCCGCGAUAUCUACGUAGUGUGGCGAGGAACUACCAGAGACUACGAGUGGGUUAAUGUUCUUGACGCAAAGCUUGAGCCCUUAGAGCCCCUUUUGCGAGUCGACGGAAGUAGCAACAAGGAAAUGGGUGAUAGUAGCAGUGACAGUGACAGUGAUAAUGAAAAUGAGAAGCCGAAAGUGAUGCUUGGUUGGCUGACGAUUUACAUUUCUGAUGAUCCCAAAUCGCCUUUUACAAAAUUAAGUGCAAGGGAACAACUUUUGGGUAAGAUAAAAGAGUUGAAAGAGAGAUAUAAAAAUGAAAAUCUAAGCAUAGUGUUCACUGGGCAUAGUUUGGGGGCUAGUUUAGCGGUUUUAAGUGCUUUUGAUGUAGUUGAGAAUGGUUUAGUGGACAAUAUUCCUGUGGCAGCUUUUGCUUUCGGUUGUCCACAAGUGGGGAAUAAGGCAUUUAAUGACAGGAUGAAAAGGUAUCCAAAUCUUACGGUUCUGCAUACAAAGAACAUAAUUGAUGUCAUUCCUCACUACCCUAGCCUGUUGUUGGGGUACGUUUAUACGGGGACAGAACUGGUAAUCGAUACCAGGAAGUCUCCAAGCUUGAAGGACUCAAAGAAUCCCAGUGAUUGGCAUAAUUUACAGGCAAUGUUGCACAUAGUAGCAGGGUGGAAUGGACAGGAAGGAGAGUUUGAGCUGAAAGUGAAGAGAAGUUUGGCUUUGGUGAACAAGUCUUGUGCGUUUCUAAAAGAUGAGUGCUUGGUGCCGGGUUCAUGGUGGGUGGAGAAGAACAAAGGGCUUGUGAGAAAUGAAGAUGGGGAGUGGGUAAUGGUUCCAGCAACCGAUGAAGACUUGCCUACACCUGAAGCUUAAAUGCAUUUGGAUUACCGUCUUUGGCUACUAAUACCUUUAUUUGGUCUAUUUUUCUUCCUUUCGUUAUGUUCUGUUUUGUUUCCUUUGUAUGUUACUUGAAUGUCUUGGUCUCCUCGAAGGAGAUUAGGGAUGGUGAUUGCUGCAAAUGCAUGAGAUCAAGUGCUAUCUUCCAGUGUAAAAUGUAUCUGUCUGAUGCUAAAUUAAGUAAUCUGUCAAAUAAGUUGCUGCUUUUUUUGGGGUAUAAAAUAAUAGAAUUUAUAUUUGAUA